UACUCAAUCAUGUUUAGAGCGUUAAAACACGAUUGUUCAAUUUUUCUUUUUUAUUAUUUUUUUGGGUUGUUAUUGUUCCCCGAAUAUUUUGGAAACCGCGCCAUCUGCUUAGUGCGGUUUGGGGUGGUUUACCAUUUACCACAUUACGGUUACCAUUUUUAUUUUCUCGUCAUUGCGCAAUCUUCGUUCGUAGUUCCUAGGGUUCCGGCGGAAAUUCUUCAGAUUCAUCAUACGUUCUAGCCGCCUGGAUCACCUUCCGCCGCCGCCUUCUUCCUCCUCCGCCACCUCGUAGAGGGUGAGUUCGUGAUCCUGCUCCGCCGCAUCGCUUCUCCUCCGUCGAGCGGCGCCAUGGACUCUACCACUGGGCAUCCGAUUGAUAAUCAAUCAAAGAUGCGUCGCAUUGAUCACAUACCAGAGCGCACAACCCGUGUCGCAUUCAUGAACAGCCAGGUUUAUUACGACAUGAAUGUUGUUGGUCAUCAGGCCCAUGAAGAAAAAUGUCCAAAUUCUGAGGAAGUUGGUUCAGGUCCUGACAAAUCUGGCACGGCCCACAAUAAUGAACAGGAACAAUCAACAGAUGAUGGCGACUUUGUUAACCCAUUGCCAAGAAAGAGAAGAGCUAUCAGUAAGGCUCCGUUAUCACGCAAACGUCACGCUGAGGACGCCGAAGCAUCCCCAGUAAUCCCUCCGAAGAAGAGGCUGGCUUCUGCGACUCGACAUUCAUCACGUUCACCCCGUCCUGAGACACAGACCAUCAGGGGUAAAGAUGGUAAAAAGGGUAAGCUCAUGUCUCGAUGCAAUCCAAAAGAUGUCUUGGAAGCCAUCAGGUCACUUUCUGAUGAUCAAGUGGCAGAAAUCCGUCGUCUUGGAUGGGGCAAAUUUCUGGAAAUCAAAAUUGAUGCUGUCGAGAGUCGCGAGCUUUACUGUUUUCUUAUGGAUCAUAUUGAUAUAGUUCACAUGAAUCUUAUUUUAUCUCAUGAUAAAAUACUCCCAAUUUCUGCCCAGUCAGUUCACAUUGUUCUUGGUUUACCAAUUGGCGGUGGAGAGCUCACCUUUACCAAGACCAAGGAGAUUACAAAUGCAAAAAAAGAUCUGUUUGAUAUGCUUGGUGAGAAAUUGUUGAUCGAAAGGCUCAAGCUUGAAGUUUCCAAGGGCCUUGCGGAUGAGUUGUCAUUGAGGUGUUUCUUCAUGAUAGUGUUUAAUAGGCUUUUGUUCCCGACAUCAUCAUAUGAUGUUUCGAAUAACGAUGUCAGACUUACUAUGGAUAUGAGCAAGAUUGGUGAAGUUGAUUGGUGCAAGCUUGUUGUUGAGGACAUUAGAGCAGCGGCUUCUCAAUGGCAACGUCGUGAUUGUAAGGUCAUUAACCCGACCAUAUCCGGUUGUUCCCCAUAUCUAUUGAUAUAUUAUUUGGAUAAUCUCAAUCACGAGCUGAACAAAGGCGAUAGGAUUUCAAUCCCUCGUGCAGCAUUAUUUGACAAACACAAGGUUGAGCACCUUACAAUGCAUGAUAGAUUCACCGACAGACAUGGAAAAUUGGUCUAUGGUGGUACUCAGUUCAUGAGUCAGGUGGGAUCGUGCUACCAAUCGCAUCAUCCAGCUAUCUUCGCUGGUCCUAGCCACUGCAGCACAUCAGAUAAGUCUACGGAAGUUCCGCUUCUGAAUGAUCUACUCUCUGGUGCCAGAACUUUUCUUACUGGCCGCAGUGCGAAAGAAUUUUCCACGAUGGUUUCAGAAGUUGACUCCUACAUCAGCGCCAAGUUGGCAAUUGUAUAUGAUGCUAAGCAGAAAAUACACGAGAAUAUGUGUGUUAUUGAUGAUGCUCAGCAGGCAAUAGUAUCCCGUCAGCGUCAAUUAGCAAAAGAAUUUCGUCGACUCUUAGAAGGCCGGGACCUCAAUCAUACUUUUCUUAUUUUACAUUGA